AGGCUGCUGCCUUCAGCAGGCUACUGUAGUCCCUCCCUUCCUCUAUAAAUCCCUCCAUCUGAGCCUCCAGGGACUGUUUAUAUCUUUAAGGUGGAGAGGACAAACAUGAGGACCACAGCUUGGACCUUUGUUGUUUUAUCGUUUGCUUUGUUAGCAGCAGCAAAGGUGGCAGAGAAAUGCUCCGCUCCGCUGGAAUACCCGCACACCCGACUGAGUGAGAAAUUCAGCUCCAGACAGGAGUUCAGCAGCGGGGAGAAGGUCUACUACAGCUGCGCAGAGGACUUCACUCCAUCCAAGGGGAGCAGAUCUGUAGAGUGUCACAAUGGGAAGUGGAGCCGGCUGACUCUAAAAUGCGAGAAAAUAUCAUGUGGCAGUGCCGGGGAUCUCCCCAAUGGAAACUUCCGUUAUGAAGGGCAAACAUACGUGGGGGAAAAAGUUUUUGCCGAAUGCAACAAAGGAUAUAUUCUGAAGGGGAUGAGCUAUAUGAUAUGUAAGAAGUCUGGAUGGACUGGAGAAUUCCCGUCCUGUGAAGUCUCUUCAGGAAAGGAAAUAACUUGCUCCAGUCCUAUGGUGGAAAACUCGGUGCAGAAAGGCGGAGAAGCUUUGGUGCACCGGGUUGGGGACACCAUGAGCAUCACCUGCAACACCGGAUUCAGGCUGGAUGGAGCAGAGAAGAUCAUCUGUGAGGCUAAUGGCCAGUGGCAGCCUAAGCCCCCCCAGUGUUUACCCUCCCCUGAAAAAGCUCAAAUGUCAUUAAGCAGACCAACUGGUGGCUGCGGUCCACCACCCACGGUCAGCAGCUCCAAUGCCAACCUUAUUGACAGGUACAUCACAAUGACAUCGUUUUCCUCUGGCGACAAAGUCUACUACACCUGUAAUGUGGGAUAUACUCCAGUGGGUGGCAGCAGGACUCGGAUAUGUGCCAGUGGAAAAUGGACGCCGUUGAAGCUCAAGUGUGAACGGAAGCUGUGUGGCCAUGCAGGAGAGAUUUUAAACGGACAGUUUGUUUACACUGGUGUAGAGUUUGGAGACACAGCCACAGCUGUGUGUGAUGAGGGGUAUAUACUGGUAGGAAGGGCUACAAGGCGCUGCUUGAGCGACGGCUGGGAUGGUCGUCCUGCUGUCUGUGAAGCUGUUGAAUGUCAGGAACCAACAGAGACAAACGCGGUAAGGAAAAACUAUGAUGAGCCGCCGUACACGUACAGGAAUGUGAUCCUCUAUGGGUGUCAAGUGGGAACCCUUCUGGGGUCGAGAGAGAUAUGGUGCACCAAGAAUGGAACAUGGAGCUCACCUCCUCCUCAGUGCAAAGUUAUAACAUGUCCACCACCAAAUAUUCCAAACGCCUACUGGAUUAACUCCAACAAGCAGACCUAUCGUCCAAGGGAGACAAUUGAUUCGUUUCGAUGCAGACGUGGCUACAUUCUCACUGGAUCAAAGCUCAUCACCUGUAGCAUGGGGGGGCAGUGGUUUCCCAGCCCUCCCCAGUGUCAGCCCAGAAUGUGGAGGGGCUAAUCUGCUGCAACAACUUCGAUACUGCAAUCUGUAAUGCUGCUGGCAAACACUUUUUCCUAAAAACGAUAAUACAAGUAUUUUCUCUAAAACUCACAAUGCAAAGCUUUCAACGUAAUUAUUGUUAAAAUCAACCUUUAAUAAUGCACUGUUUAAUAUUUUGUCCUGUGUACAAUCAUUUAUAAACACAUUAAAUACAUUGAAAAGUAAGCUGAA